AUGUCCAUGUCGUCACUCCUCCAAGUCGCCGUCCUGGCGACGGGUUUCGCGUCGACCGCACUCGCUCAAUCCUGGAUGCUGCCAGUUCCUGGUUCGGCCGCGAAGUUCAGCGGAGGCGACGUCGUCCCUCUUCUAUGGUCUACUCCGUACGCCUACACGAGCAUCGAGCUAUGGCAGGGACCACAAGCCGACGGUGCUUACCAGUACACCAUGCUUGUAUCCGACCAGGAAGCUGACCAAGGAACAGUAAACGCAUCGAUCUCAGAAAACUCCUACAAAUGGACCGCCGGCACUCUGGCCUCCGCCAGCCUGGACAGACAAGCCUUCUUCUUCCGCCUCAGAAACGCCCAGGAGGAGGGCGGUGCCUACGUCGACAGCUCCGACAUUCUCGUCCUGCCUGCCGCGGCUGCGGCCUCGAUCACAGGGAUUAAGACUUCCACCGCAGCCCCGACCAGCACCGGCACCGGCGCCGCAACCACCUCCACCGGCGCGUCCACCAUGGUGACCAGCACAUCAUCUUCCGCCUCGUCAUCCGGAGCCUCGUCGUCCAGUGCGUCCGCCGCGACCGCAGCCGUUACCAACCCAGCAGGUGGCGCCGCCGCAGCUGGUGCCGGGGCCGACACCGCCAAGGACCCUUACAAGGGCAUCGACUACACGAGCAGCUUCAUCGGUGUCGGUGUCGGCCUCGGUGUUCCGGCGCUCCUGGCGGCGCUCGCCGCAGCGUUCCUCAUGAUCCGGAAAAGAAAGGCAAGUGUUGAGUUUGAAGAAAAAGAAAAGAAAGAAAAAAAAGAAACGCGGGAGAAGUUCAAAGUAGAACAAAAUGUUGGCUUCUUUUUCGACGAAAAGUCGAAAUAUGAACAUGAUGCAUCAACAAGAGCGUGCCAUACCCCAACGCCUCCUCCAGGCCAAAAAAAGAAACAGAAUGACUUCAACGAUUGCGCGCGCCAUCUUCUACCGUACAACCCAACUAACCAUUUCCUCUCUUCCACAGGCAGCCAAGAACCCAACGGAACCCGAGAUGCAGCAGCAGCAGCAGGCCCCAGCGGCGGCAACGGCGUAAAUAACAGCAACAACAACGCCGCCGUCCGCGAAUCCUCCAUCUCCCACGCCGCCUCGUACCAGACCGCGCAGGAGAAGCCCUCGGCCGAACUCCCGCGGCUGCCGUUCAUGCAGGAGGCGGCGCGCCGGCCUUCAGUCGACGUCUGGCUGCCGCAGCGGCCGGCCGCGGAUCAGCGCGGCGGGAGCUCAUUGCCGUUCCGGUAG